AUGGCCGAUUUGUUCAACAAACACCUGAAAAAGGCGACGAAUCGGACGAAGGAGAAGCUUCUGGAGGGUAUCGGAAAGGCGAAAGCGACGCAGGACGAAGUGUUCGAUCAGCACGCGGCCAACCUCGUAAAACAGAGCAAAGCGUGCGAGAAACUGCACAAAGAUGUCAAGGUGAGCACUCGAAACGGCGAGAAUUUCAAUGCAUGCGCUUUAAAAAUUGUACAGAAGCGUUUUACGCUGGUUUUUAGUCCCAAAAAUAAAGCUUCUAACUGGUUUCGUCAGAUUUCUAAGCAAAACACGAUAAAAAUGACUGAAAACUGGUCUUUUGUACAAAAACUUGGAAGAAUGUCCAAAAUUGUUGCGAAAUCACAAAAUCCCGUUGCAGACGUACGCAGCAGCCCUCAAAACACUUCUGACCGCUGAAAAACAGCUCCGUGACACGAUCCGAGAGGCGUAUGAACCCGAAUGGCCCGACCGUGAACAUCUUACCGCAAUUUUCGAUGUCAGUUUGCUACUACUCCUCUUCAGAAAUACUUUGUAUGCUUCUUUCAGAACCUGGACAUUCAGACGAACGAACUCGAGAAGACGGUCUGCGAGGACCUUCCGCAGACGGUCACCCAGUACGUCAACCAGUUUGCCGACCACAAAAAGAAAAUCGAAAAGCGCGGCCGCAAGUUGGUCGACUACGACAGCGCGAAGAACACGUUCAACAGUGUGAAGGCGUCGAGCAAAAAAGACAACGACCCGAAGUUGGCGAAGGCGACGACGGAGCUGCAGAACGCCGAGCAGCUGUACUCGGAGAUGAACAACGAGCUGCUCGAGAUUCUUCCGGCAGUCUACGACAGUCGCAUCACGUUCUUCGUCGACACGCUCCAGACGCUGUUCAACGCGAACAGCGUCUAUCAGACCGACGCGAGCAAGUUCCACAAACAGAUCGUCAUGCAGCUGGACACGCUCGGAGAGUCUAUGGACUACUUGAGGUACAUUUCCUUGCGAAAAAAGUUCCGAAACGUUUCAAAUUUUCAGAGUUGCCCGUCCGGAAGCCCGUGCUCUGACCCCAAUCGACACGACUUCCCUUGCUUCCACCGACGCCCCGCCCACUCCGGACCCGAAUAAAUCUGCAGAUGUAGAUGCUUAAGGGUCUCGCCACGAAAACGGAUCCAUUUUCAGAAUACGUCACUCCGCCAAUCGACGCCCUCCCCGACCGUUCUCGCGUCGCCCGCACCCGCACCAUCCGCGACGACGCCGAUCGCGAAACCGCGGGAAAGUGUCGUUUCGUUGGCCAACUCGACGAAUCCGUUUGAGGACGACGACGGAGAGAAUCACAAAGAGACGACACCGACAGACGUGGAGGAGAAGAUCGAGGCGAAAGUGUAUCCGGUUCGUGGUUGACAUGCGGAAAAUGAUAUCCCGCUUUUAUUUUUCGAAAAGAUGUAAUAAUGUGUGGGUUGUUGUUCAGAAACUAAACGCCCAACAAACAGCUGCCGCCGAGCAAGCGAUCGCCGCCGCAAGACGCGAAAAAAAGGUAAAGAUUCUGGAGAUGCGGUCGAGCGCACCACAACUGAAUUGAACUUUUAGGAGCCAUCGAAUCCAUUCGACGAUGAAGACGAAAGCACGGAGGUGGAAGAUCCGGACAAAGAGGCGAAUCCGAAGCCGCUGGAUGGAAUAACCAAUGAGAAACGGAAGACGCUGUACUUUGUCACUUCCACGCAUCAGUACAAGGCGGUGGACACGGACGAGCUGAGUUUCGAGCAGGGAAUGAAGAUCAAGGUGAUUGAGGCGAACGACGCGGACCAGCUGGACGACGGCUGGCGGCUCGGCGAGCUCGAGGACGGAAAACGCGGCGUUUUUCCCGAAAAUUUCACCAAGAAAAUCUAA